AAAUCAAUUGAUCGUUCAUUCACCGCUGAUGUUUUUACGGUGUUAUUAUAAGAUAAUAAAUAAAUUUAAACGAUAAUUGCGAAAUAAAGGCGAUUGUGAUGCUCAGCAGUAUUUAAAAUUAGUGCAAUAAAAUUAUCUGAAUCAAUGUUACAUGCUAAAAUAUUGAUUGGCGUUGUAAAAGCUAUCUUUGUGCAAUCUACCUGCAUCGUAGAAAAUAUUUUCGUGAAUAAUUAUCUUUGACGGGACAAAUAAGAUACGUUUUAAAUGGACAAUGUAAAGUGUGUACGUAUUAUUGCGUAGUACGUAUGUUUACUUGUGAUUCAGCGGUUCUCCCACAAGGACUGAAGAUAUUUUGUUCUGAUGACGUAACGAAAGACGUGAAGAAUGACGUCGUUUGCUAACCUGACGCAGUCGCUUGCAUCGAGCCUGCCAUCGACGUCUACGGCCAGCGGCUCUGGUCACAGUUCCAACGACCAGGAGGAUCCGCUCGCCAUGACGCACAUCAUAUGCAACCUUCUCGAGAACAUGAAUAAACCAUCAAGCCUACAAACCGGAGCAUCCACCUCGGCAUCGUCCAGCAUGCCUUACGACAUUUGGGCAUUGCCGGCGUGCAGCUCACUGCAGAAUCCACUCGGACCCAUCAGUCGUGAGUACAACGUUACCUCCAAUAACAACCAUCAGCAUCAAUCCAAAGAAGACAACUCGAGCGGCUCUCCGGGCACGUCUUCGUCUGUGUCCAUCACCUGCUUCCGCUGCGAAGAGCGCACGCCGACCACUCGCUGCCUCGAGUGCAAUGAUCUAUUUUGUCAUGAAUGUUGUCACAAAGUGACGUCGGACUGCCAACUGAGAGAGCACACGCUGCUACCCAUACACCAGAUAUCACCAAUCGGUGCCAGGCCUAACUCGGUGAAUAACGAGAAGGAAAUCAUGUUCUGUGAGAUACACGGCGAUCCUGUUAGAUAUUACUGUGAACCUUGCAUCAUCUUUAUAUGUCAAGAGUGCACGCUAUGGGUGCAUAAAGAUCAUAAUUAUACGCCCAUUAAAGGAGCUCUUGACAUGUGUCGUAUUGGUGUGUUUAGGGCGAUAGAAGACACGAAGACGGGCACAAAAGCAAUAAAAACAGCUAUAGAUCGCGCUGUGGCCAUGUCCAAAGCCUAUGAGAAGGAAACGGCAGAGGCGAAUAUGAAAAUAAGAAAGGCUAUGCGAUGUUACGCCCAGGCGAUCGAAGACCGAGAGAAAUAUUUAUUGGAUAAAGUAGAAAAGAUGCGUCAAGCUAAAAUGAACGAAUUAACAGACCAUAUGAAUACACUAAGAGGUAUUCUAGCCGGACUGGCCCAUACAAACGAGACUCUAGUACGCAGUAUGGAUUCUGAAGGGCUCGACCUAUUUAUGGCUAAAGAAAAAGGAAGAGCUCAAGUUGACUAUUUUUCUUGCAUGUUUAAAAACAUGUAUGUGACCGAGGAACGAAUCGUGUUCAUCCCUCCUAAUUACGACUUAGUGGAUCAGUUGAAAAGACAGUGCGACGUACAAUCGGCACCAUCUAGUUCAUUGCACUCGCUCAGUUCUACAUCAUCGAUACAAUCUCGCCAGUCGUUAUUAUCGCUGCAGUCAUUACAGUCGGCGCAGAGUUUUCAGCAUCUCAACUAUAACAUGUCCGGAUCCAGCAGCUUGAGAUCAUUACCAGAUUAUACUGGAUCACAUACGCGAUCGACUAAUUAUUACGACCACAGCAUUACAUCAAGUUUAACCAUGGAUUCGAAUCCAGCUCGCGGUAUUGGUCAAGCGAUACCCGGGUAUUGGAUGUCGGUGUCAGUGAGGCCUACAAGAAGCCCUGUUCCUGGAGUACCCAUGUUCUCAUUUGCUCGGGAAGGACAGGAUGAGGGUCAAGUGUCCCGACCAUGGGGCCUUUGUGUAGAUAGAGAAGGAAAUAUCAUUGUUGCCGAUAGAAGAAAUAAUCGUAUUCAGAUAUUUAGUAAUAGAGGUGAAUUUAAGACAAUGUUUGGAUCUAAAGGCACAGGACCUGGAGAAUUUGAUCUUCCAGCCGGUAUCACCACGGACACAUACGGACGCAUCAUUGUUAUAGACAAAGAUAAUCACAGAGUUCAAAUAUUCACAUCUUCCGGCAACUUCAUUCUCAAGUUUGGUUCCUUCGGCAAGGAAUGUGGACAGUUUCAAUAUCCUUGGGAUGUUGCCGUUAAUACCUUAGGUAAUAUUGUUGUGACUGACACGCGUAAUCACCGCAUACAACUAUUUACCAGUGACGGAACUUACAUAACUAAGUUCGUGUUUGAAGGUGCUAACCCGGCUAAAAUGCUCAAAGGACCAACGACUCCUAGAGGUGUGUGUUUUACGACAUCGGGCAAUAUUAUAGUUUCGGACUUUGAAAAUCAUCGUCUGUUAAUGGUGGACCCUACAUUGUCUAAAGUGCUACACUGUGUGGGUCGUGAAGGUUCUGGAAUCGGUGAACUUAACCGCCCUUCGGGGAUAGUGACUGACGACGACGGACGUAUCAUAGUCGCUGAUUCUAAGAACCACCGAGUGUUAGUGUUUACGUCGGAGCUGCGCAUCCUGUGGGCCGUGGACCUGAAGAGCCCCGGCCUGGACGACAAGGACCGGCCGAGCGACGUGGCGCUCACGCCCGAGGGCUACCUCGUGGUGCUGUUCGAGACGCUGCCCGACACCGCGCGCGACAUCUCCUCCCACGGCAAGCAAUACAUCAAAGUAUAUUAAUUAUAUUAUAUUAUGUACCUAAUGUUAAGGCCAACUAAGUUCGUGGACCUAAGGUCCGCCGUAUUUUAUUUUGUUUCGUUUUAUUUGUGAUUUAUUUGAGAAUGUGCCAAUUUUAUUAUUAACGUUUGGAAAAAUUCAAUCGAGCAUAGCUUGCGCGGAGAUAUAGUUUGCCCAUUGACGUAAGCGCCGAUGUGCACACCAUGCUCUCCAUGAGUCCUGAUGUAUUUUUUCGUUACCAGUACUUUGAUUUUCGUUUCCGUAUUUGACUAGUCUCUAAGGACCAAACAAUGUUUGCAGUGUAAUUUACGAUGUAAUUUAGAUGCCGCAAUUAUAAAUAGCUAUCAUUAAUCUGUAUAACUGUAGAACAACACCAAACUCAUAGUCGGUGCACUAAAUAUUUAAUGUCGAUUACUUAUAAUGUACUCUCCGGUCCGAUCCCUGCGAUGUAUCGCUAAUAUAAUCGAAUAGAGAAAUCGUAAAGAUAAACUAUUAUAGAGAAUCACAAUGUGAUGUAAAAGAUGUUUUUAUGUGAGAUAAAUUAAAGGAUAACUUGAAAAGUAUUUUUCCACAAUGUUACAUUUUGCGUUUUUUAACUUGGUUAAUUAAUUAAUGCAGACGUUGAUAUGUAUUUUUAUGAUAAGUUAUUUUGCAUAAUGAUUUAGGUGCAUAUAAUAUUUUAUAAUAGUUGGGCGCGCGGCGGUGGGUGCGCUCGCGCACUGUCGCUCGUCUUCCUUACGUUCGUAUUAGUUACUUCUUAUCGCUCGAUGGCUUCUUCUGUUUGUUUUCGUGGCUUGAUACGAUGGGAUGAGAAAAUGUAUGGAUGAGCAAAAAUCAAUGCAAUAAAACUUUAAGACUGACUUUAGAAGACUGUCUUAAAGAUGUUGAGUUGCGCCGGAGCCGGCGGCGGCGGCCGCGGCUCGUGGUGUGCGGUGUCGCGCGUAACAAACCAAAAUUCUAAGUAUUAUUGUAACACUCGGCAAAUAUACGAACCUUCCUCGUUGGGAAUCUAAGCUGAUGAUCCUUUCGUCGUAUUUGCUUAUGAGACGUGAUAUUUUUAUUUUCAUACGUAAAAUGUGAAAGUUUUUUUAUUUUAUAUUUCGUAAUUUUUCUUUGUGUCGCAAAACUUUGACUGCCGGCUUGAUCGGGUCAAAUACGUUAGAAAUGAAUUAGGAUUGAGUAUGACGAUGGCAUGGCGCUCUAUUUUAAUUAUUUAUUUACUUUGAUAUACAAUAUUGUGGCAGUUGUCGGUAUGAGGUGUAGGUACGGUUGGUACGGAGCCCGCGGACUACAGUCGGGUAGCGUCGUGAGUGCGUGCUCACACACGCUCGGGCCGCGCACUCUCACUCUUAGCUAAUUUAUAGAUAAUAAUCUAUAUCUAAAUUAUGAAUUAUUUUCAAUUAGUUUUUAUUCGCGUGGUCGUAUACAAAAUUUUGUAUUAGUUCAAAUAUUAUAGUGAAAUUCUUUUUGAAUAAAAAAAAAAACUAUUAAAUUGAUAUGAUAUUUUUCAAAACGUAUGUUAGGUAACUUCGAUAUAAAAUCCCUAUGUGUUCAGUCAGUAUGUGUUCACUUAAUGUAAUGAAUUGUUAGGUAAAUAAUUUAACUGUAAGUUUAGUUGCAUGCGAGACGGUAAGUCGACACUCGAGUAACGUUGUAUUAGAUUGUGUGCACUGUUUCUCCCGUCAUGGUUUUCAAUAAUUUGACACACUUCCCUAGCCUGGAUCUGUUACCGUAUUCUAUCAUACUUAUAUUAUUUUUUUCUAGCCUCAAGUCUCAAAAACAAUGUCUGAUCUAAGUUAUCCUACAAUUUAUCGUUUGCAAACAAUUUGCUGUUAUGAAAUAGUUUUUGAUGAAAUGUAGUUAGAGAAUUGUUCAGAUAACACAGAUUGUGUGAAAACCAUGUAUAUUAUACGGGAUUUAAUCUUAUAUUGUAUAAUAUCUUGUGUCACUAUCGAGAGCUGGGUGGGGGGAAGCUUUUGUUCUCAAUGAAAUGUGCGGUAUGCCUGUGGCUUUGAUUGAGCCUCGAGUUUAAUUUCGUGCUCUGCCUCGCGCCUCGCCUCGAGGCAAGCUUAUGUUUGAGAGCGUUUCCUUUCCGAGCAGGCUUCGAAAUGAGCAGGGGGUGCAUCUCAAACAGAACCCUAAAAUAUUCGUCGCCAUACUCGUUUUGCAAAAUACUUUCCUCCAUUAAGCUUUAGAUUCGCGUUAUAUAAUACUGUUACAGCUUGUUAGACCCCAAAA